CAACAGUCUCAGUCCAGUGCCUGGUGCGGCUGUGGUCUAGAACAACGUUAACUUGUCGCUUUGAUUGCAAACGUGGAAGCCAGAUUUUACCAUGGCUUCGACCAAAGCUGCACGGAUUGGCGAAGAGGUGUGGAAGAGUCGAGUAGAUAAGGUCAACGCGGAACUGGUUACUCUCACCUAUGGCACAAUUGUUGCGCAAUUAUGCAAAGACUACGAAAGCGAUUACGUUGAAGUCAACAAGCAGCUUGACAAGAUGGGUUACAACAUUGGCCUGAGAUUAAUCGAGGAUUACCUUGCGAAAUCCAACACUAUGAGGAGGUGUUCGAACUUCAGAGAAACAGCGGAAAUGAUUGCGAAGGUUGGAUUCAAGAUCUUCCUGAACAUUACACCCACUAUCACGAACUGGACUAGUGACAGCAAACAAUUCUCUCUUAUCUUCGAAGAAAACCCCCUGGCAGAUUUUGUCGAGUUACCAGACGAUGGAAGGGCACAAGACGAGUUAUGGUACUCAAAUAUCUUCUGCGGGGUGUUGAGAGGUGCUUUGGAGAUGGUGCAGAUGCAAGUAGAGGCACAUUUCAUCAGUGAUGUAUUGAGGGGCAAUGACUCUACGGAGAUGAGGAUAUCUCUGAUACGGUAUAUCGACGAUGAGAUGCCGGCGGACGAUGAGUGAGGCGUUGUGCAUGUAUUUCGGCGUCUGGCGCAGGAGAGGCGGGAUUAGAGAUAUCAAUGCAGCGACUUUGGCAGCUCAGAAUCAUACUAGAUCACUGAGGACACGGAUUAGUGGCCCAUUGCUGUUGUCAUCAUGGCAAAAUAUACAGCAUUCAUCUCCCCGGGCUAUCGUCCAGAUCGCUUUGCAUAGUAGCCUUCAUCAAGAUCUGCAUGUUUUCAGUCUCAUUCCUACGUUUCACUUGUUCCAGUGAAUUUCCGGGGAAAAUUUUGGGGGCCUAUUUGACGAGUGGUUAAUGUUGGUGGCCCUCUUGUUAGUGGAUGUAUCGCGACCACAGAGGUGUAUUUUGUGAACAUGUGCACGCUUCUUGCAUAUGUGACUAGAUAAAUAUUUUAAAAUAUGUUUCGUGACGGAAGUUCUGUUCCAAACAGCGUUCGGC